AUGGUCAUUCCCGCACACAAAAAAGCAGCAGUAGCUAUCGACUUUGGUACUAGUUGUAGUGGUUAUGCCUCUGCAUUUAUUACCAAUAGUGAUAAUGUAGAUAUCUAUGCACAUGACUCUUGGGCUGGAGGAGGCUCUAUCAACUCAAAGACAGUAACUGUAAUCUCACUAGACCAACACGGAAGACUAUCAAAGUUUGGUUAUGAUGCUCGUGAAGAUCAUGAUAAUGCUAUCUUUUCAAACUUUAAGAUGGUGCUCUUUGACUCGGUGUCGAGAGAAAAGACAAUGGUCAAGGCUGAUAAUUGUGAUCAAACUGCAUCGGUCGAAUGGCUCAUCACAGAGACACUCCAAUUCUUUAAACAAACAAGUUUAGAAAAACUAAACAGUGGUAGUAUGAACAAGAUCCAUCAAAGAGAUGUACUAUGGGUCAUCACAGUACCUGCCAUUUGGGAUGAUGCAGCUAAACAAAUCAUGCGUCAGUGUGCUAUCAGUGCUGGUCUAUGUACUAUUGCUGAUGAUAAAGAAUCAUUAUUACUUGCAUAUGAACCAGAGAGUGGAGCUAUGGAUUGUAUAUUUGAAAAAACAAACAAUUAUUAUGUAGAGGUUGGUCAAACUCUUCUUGUUUUUGAUCUUGGUGGAGGUACUGCUGAUUUUACUGCAUAUAGACAAUUAGCAGAUGGAAAGAUUGAAAGUAUUGUUAUACCAUUUGGUGGUAACUUUGGAUCAACUUAUUGUAACCAAAACUUUAAGGCAUUCUUGUUGGAUUUGUUUGAUGGUGCACUCUCACAAGACAUGAUUAAUAGUUCUGAUUUCAUGGCAUUGAUGGAUAGAUUUGAAAUUGUAAAGAAAUCAAUGUGCGAGUCACAUUGUAAUGAUGGCAAACCAAGAAACAUUGCAUUUAAUCCAAGAGUGUUUGAUAAGAAUAUCGAUUGGUUACUCCAACAAAUUGAAAAGUAUAAUCGUGUACAUGGAGCCAAGAUUCAAUACAACCGAUCUGGUCAUCUCUCUAUCCCAUUGGACACGUUUAUGAAGUUCCUCUCCCCACUAUUCAAUAGUAUUAUCAAUUGUGUAAAGUAUCAUAUGAACACCAACCCUGCCAUUCGCAACCCAAAUUUUAUCUUUAUGAUUGGUGGUUUUAGUGAAAACUAUUUCCUUCAAGAAUUGGUAAAGAGAGAGUUUGCUCCUACUGGUGCCAAUGUAAUCAUUCCAACACGUCCAUCAUUGUGUGUUGCCAAGGGUGCAUGUAGAUUCGGUCUCCGUCCAUCGGUUGUUGCCAAACGUAUUGUCCAAAAAUCAUAUGCUCUCGAGGUUGACGGUCUCAUCACUGCCGACACUCCACACACUGGUAGAAAACCAUUUAUGAUCGCUGGUAAACAAUAUGCCAAGAAUGUGUGUGAUGUGUUUGUCAAGGCUGGUGAAUCUCUUGGUAUGAAUGAAAGUAGAACCAAGACUUUUGUACCGACUAGAGCCGAUCAACAGGUUGUAGAAUUAGCCAUAUUUACAUCUCACCUUACCGAGAUGAAAUAUACAACCGAUCAUGCAAUAUCUUUUGCUGGUGACCUAACUCUAGCCAUUCCACCAGGUGACACAUUGGAAGAUAGAAAGGUCGAGGUGACAUUAGAGUUUGGUGCCACUGAAGUAUUUGUUACAGCUCGUCAUGUAAAGACUGGUGUCAAAGUCAACUCUUCCAUUAAAUUUGCAAUGAACAAGGAAGAGGUUGAUAGAAGAAACAAGAUCCGUCUUGAAAAGACUAAACCACCAUCGGUACAGCUUUGCAUUUGCAUGGAUAUUACUGGAUCGAUGCAAUCAUGGAUCGAUGAAUCCAAAAACAAGAUGGUUCAACUAGCAAAAGGCCUUUCAAAUGCCUACACUGAUAUCCAAUUUGAAGCUUCGUUUGUUGGUUAUCGUGACCACACUGAUCCCAUUCGAUUUGAAAACAUUGCAUUUUCAUCAAACAUGGAGGUUCUCGAACAAGGUUUGGCAAAAAUCGUUGCAAAUGGAGGUGGGGAUAUUCCAGAAGACGUACACGGUGGAUUCCAACAAGUAUUAUCUCAAGAAUGGAAGAAUGAUCACACCAAAGUGUGUAUACAUGUUGCCGACGCCCCCUGUCACGGUACAAAGUAUCACGAUCUCGGGGCCGCCUCCGACACUCUUCCACAUGGAGAUACAUCGGGUCAUCCAGAAGAACAAGUCAAAACCAUGAAGAAUAGAGGAAUCGAUUAUUAUUUCAUCAAAAUUAGUCCCCACACUGAUAGAAUGAUUGAGGAGUUUAGAAAGACCUAUGAUACUCCGCAGAAAAAGAUUCAAGUUGCCAAUCUAGGUUCAGAUGUUACUCAAUUAAUUCCAUCUUUGGUAUCAUUUGUUUCAAAUUCAAUUACUAAAUGUUAA